GCUUAGGAUGAAUUACAAAAUUGAUAGUCAGUCUUUCACUACAGCGUCAGAAAUUCUACAUCAUUACCAAAUUAAUUGUCCUGAAAAAGAAAAUUUCUGUUUAAACAUAGCCGAACUAGGUAUAAUUUUCAACGAGGUCUUUCCAGACGCCAAAAAAGUGCAGAAGAGAGUCAACGGUAAACGAGUAUACCAAUACACGAUAACCAAGCAGAUGAUUCUAGAACAAACGGACAAUGAAUUUUUAGAAUGGGACGAUUUGCCAAGUUUUACAGCUGAACUAGGUUGGCAACUGUCUGACCAUUCAGAUGACUUUUUCGAAUGGGUGAAAAUUCCGUCUCAAGAUUUAUGCAAUGGCCAUAGAGUUGUCCUGGAGGUGAAGAUAUAUAAAGAUUGA